UGGUAAUCGAGAGAAGCUAGGUUGAGAAAGAACAACAUGAUAGAGAAUGUAGAGAGAAUUGGUAAUGUCUCUGAUAUAUUUCUUUAGAUUACAAUGCACCCUUUUAUAGUGUAAGGGUGAAUCAAAUGUCAAACUACAAUCUCUUAAAAUCAAAUACAAUCUCUUAAAAUCAAAAGCUAAAGAUUUUAUCGUUGAAUUAUUAUUCAUGAUCUUUGAAUAAUAAUCUUUGACUUAUGCAGAUGGUUAUUUUCAACACUCCCCCUCAAGUUGAGUAAUGGCAUUUCCGAUACUUAACUUGUCCAGAACUUCUCUGAAGACUUUUGUGUUUACAGCCUUAGUCAAUAUGUCAGCCAACUGUUCAUCCGAUCGUAUGAAAGGAAGUUCAAUGAUCCCACUAUCGAGCUUCUCUUUGAUGAAAUGCCGAUCGAUCUCCACGUGUUUGGUUCUGUCGUGUUGUACGGGAUUUUCAGAUAUACUAAUCGCAGCUUUAUUGUCACAGAAGAGCCGACUUCCCCUUCUUGGAGGAAAGCCAAUUUCUGUGAGCAAUCUCCGAAGCCACAGGAUUUCAGUUAUCCCACUUUUUACUCCUCUGAAUUCUGCCUCUGCACUUGAUAGGGCCACUACUUUCUGUUUUUUGCUUCUCCAUGUGACCAAGUUUCCUCCAACGAAGAUACCGGACAAUUCUCAAAGCUGCCUCCAUAUGCUCCUUCUGGGGUUUGUGCAUAAACUGACUUACUAUUCCAACUGCAUAUGUGAUGUCGGGCCGUGUAUGGGAGAGAUAGAUGAGUUUCCCAACAAGGCGCUGGUUUACACUCGAGUAGCCCAGUUUCUGCAAGUAAGUCAAGGACAUACUUUCUUUGUCUCAGGAAGAUUCCCUUUUUCGACCUUAAAAUCUCAAUUCCAAGGAAGUACUUCAGAGAUCCAAGGUCUUUCAUUUCAAAUUCCAGGAACAAGUUUUUCUUCAGGUUUACUAUCUCUUCAACAUCGUCUCCUGUGAUAAUCAUGUCAUCAACAUAAAUGAUUAAACAUGUUACCUUUCCUUCU